GAUGUGACGCUUCAUCGAAGAUCGUUCAGACUUGUGUUAAUUGUGCUCCUGGUCCUAACUGCCAUGACUACUACCAAAGUAACGUAAACAAAAGAUUGGAAACCAACUGUCUUACCAUUAAAACUUCAGAUAGUGACAGUACUAUUGUCCACUACCAUCGAAUUUACAGCUCCUGCAACCGAACACAAUGCUCUCAAGUUCGUCAAGAAAUCGGAGAACUAGUAUACAGAGAUUCGUGUAAUAUCGAGUGUCAGAAAUUCGAGAUAUUUCAGUUAGAUGACGUCGGCGGAUCUUGCGACGUCAUACACACUGAAGAAGGCGGUCUAACGUUCCAUUAUUGUAUCGAGAAAUGUCUUGACAUGCCUGGUUGCAGAGGAUCAACUUUUACUUCCUCUACGGGGAAAUGUGAAUAUCACAAUUGUUCAAAUCGUACGACGUCACCGGGUCUAAGAUUUAUGUGGAAACACUGCAUCGACUACGAGCCGCAAAGGGAUUUUCAGCAAAUUUGUGAUGGUUGUGACAUGAGUGAUUUGUGCCAGAAGCAUGCUAAUGCACUCGUUCCCCCCUAUCCGUCCUGGGAGACAUGCGAAGUCCAGUUCCAAAGUUCUGAAAGUCGAGAUGUUAUCAUGUACAGAACUUACACCAACGGCUGCUUCCUGAUGAACUGCACGAUGGUAAAACAAGACAAUUUAAUGUCUAAAAGGGUGUUUAGGAAUUCGCCUGCCUCUGAUUGUCCCAUAUUUAGACUUUUUACUCUAAAUGGAUAUAUUGGCACAUGCCAAAUUAUUGGCUUUCAUGAGGGAGGUGUUAACUUAGAUUAUUGCAUUGAUAAAUGCCUGGACAUGCCUUACUGCCGAGGUGUCAGCCACGAUGCCACACAGCUAAAGUGUUUCUAUCAUAACUGCAUAGAAAGAGAUGUGAACGCAUCGUAUACAUUUGUUAAGAGAGUUUGCAUGACCUUCGAUGAGCUGGAUCCUGUUAAACCAUACGUACAAACGAUUAAAAAUUUUGUUGAUAAUUGUGGUCUUCCGAAGUUUGCAAUAAUGACGGAUACCAAUAUUACAUCAGCCAAUCUUUGCAAUACGACAUGUAGUGAGUGCGACGUUACUGUAUACAACCCAAUAAACGAAGAGUGUCAUCACAGCCAGUGCGACAGACCAUAUGGUCUCGGGCAAGGAACUACGUUAUUACGAAAAACAAAUAAUCCAGAAUGCCUACACUUAGAAAUGAAAACAAUAGCUGGUAGUGCUCCGAAUUGUGAAGCUUUCGAGUAUGACGAAGGUGUGCUCAACGUGGAAUUUUGUCUCCGGCGGUGUUUGGACCUCCCGGGUUGUUUCUCGGGUUACAUGGAUAAAACAGCUUUUAACUGCACAUAUCACAGCUGUACCGACUAUGUCUCAAAAAAUACUUUAGAUAUUUUUUCAAUCAAGAACUGUUUUACAGACUGCCCGUCUCCAACGACACAGACUUGUUUAAAUUGUAAACAAGGAUCGUUGUGUCAGUCGUUCUACUACAAGAUGACAGCUUCAAACUCAAGCUCCUGUAAAUUGUUGUGCGAUUCAGAAACUUUAUGCAAGGGGGCUAUAUAUGACAGCAGUAGCAUGGAAUGCCAGUUAUUUGAUUGCGCGUAUGCUACACAGCAAUAUGGCUCAAUAUUCUACAGGACAUCAUGCAAUGAUGAUUGUCCAAUAUAUGAAAUAUACAUGAUAGAGGGAUAUGUAGGAAGUUGUGAUAUAAUACCGUCCAUGACAGAGUAUCUUGUAAACUAUCCAGAACUUUGCUAUGAGCGUUGCUUGGAAACGGCCGAGUGCAGAGGUGUCACAUAUGAUCCCAAAAAGUUGCAUUGUUAUUAUCACAUAUGUGACUGCCAUCUAGCGUCCACUAGGGUGCCUAGCUUUAAAUUUAUGUGGAAGUACUGCUUAGAAAACGUAUUAAACCGCACCAUUCUCCUGCAAACCAACCCUACAUUAAGUCCAAGGGCUUAUCCAACGUCACCCGUAUGUAAACCAGAGCCUAUCUAUAUAAUGCCGUGUCAGUGCAGCACUGGAGCCUUUGACAAUUUUACGACAGAAGAAAUAGUUCAGCAACUAGAGCAGAACCUAACAAUAGACGCACGUUCCACUUCCGCCAAUACACGGAAAUUAACGUCUGCCGAGGAUAACCGACCAACAUCGGUUGCUGUUGGUACCAUUGGCGUUAUCUUGCUCUCUAGCGUAGUGGCAUUAAUAAUUGCUUUGGAUAUUCCAAAUCUAUUCAAAUUGCAGACACCAAUAAAUUCAAAAACAAAAAAAAUCAAGAACAAGAAGAAGAAAACUAAAAAUGUUGACGAAAAAGUAGACACAUCAAAACAACUUCAUGUUGAAAAUAUUGACUAAGUUGAAGUUUCACAAGAAAUAUGUGUACAAUGUCUUGUUAAGAUCUUUAACCAAACUUAACAAUGUGAAACGUUUUCAUGGUAAUAUCCUUUUAACAAGGUAAACUUUACUUUAAGUAACGAAGUAGACAUACUUGUUUACAAUUUUGACAUAAUUAUAUUUUUUUCUCCAUGGUUUAGGAAAAGUUGAUAUGAUGCGCUUUUUUUUGUAUAAGUAUUUGAUAGAUUUUCCCACCAAAGUAAAACUUUUCAAAAUGGGCUUUACGUUUUAUUUAUAUUUUGCGUAUAAUGUGAUAUGUUAUAUAUUAUUUCUGCCAAACAUACACUUGCGUAAGAAUCUGAAAUACCUUAAUUCAACUAUUAAUUUUAUUGAUAUUUUUUUGACAAGUUUACUGAAGUUUUCAAUGGAAAUAGAUAUGCUUUCAUUGAUGUUUUACAGUGGUGUAUUACAACGAAUUAUCACACUCUCAAAUCCAAAUAUCAUUUAAUAAUAAUCUGUUUUUUAAUUUAUUGUUAUCAUAAAAUAAAGUAGAUUUUAUGAGACCAACAUUUAUACCCAACACCAAACUAUCAGCGCUAUGAAUUGGAAGACUUUAAGAUGUAUGCAUGCAUUAAUGUGCGCGCACACGUACGUGCGUGCGUGCGUGCGUGCGUGCGUGAGUGAGAGAGUGCGUGCGUGCGUGUGCGUGUGUGUGUUUCAUAACCUUCCUAUAUUUAAAGCAUUAUUCAAGGUGACAUUCUGCCCAAGUAAUUGUAGAUGGUGCGUGUACAUGUAAGUCAAUAAUUCAUAAAUCAUAGUUGUUUUUUUACAUUUAUAUUUUGCUUUGCAAAAAUGAUCAAUAAUUCACGCAAAUUUACUUUGAAAUAGUCAUAUGUUUAAAUAUAUAGGCCAAUCACCUCAACGUAACAAUAAAUAUAUGAACAUAACAUCACUUCAACUUAAUCUGAAAUGUCAUUUUUGUUUGUUUUGAUAUCAUGUCUUGUCAAUUGUAUCAUUUUACAAAAUCAAUGCAUGCGAAAUAAACCGAUAAAUACUCUUACGAAACCCUCACAUUUCUUGCUAUUAUAGUAGAACUCAAUUAAUUAUUAUUCCUACAUGUGUAUUUUCUAUAUUGUAUUAAUUUGCAUAAUAUUGAUGUAUGUACUAUUCUUUGCACAUGUUUAAGUAUUGUUGGUUAAAACAAUAA